CGAGGGGGUCUUCUCGAACUCUGCCUCGCGCGUCGCCAUGGCGAGCCGCACGGCGUAAUGUCUGAUGUUUUGGUCCAAGGCGACACCAGAAAAGGACGAGAAGAAGGAGGCGACGGAGGAGGGGCCCUCAGCGAUCUCUGACAUCACUCAUAGCGUGCUGGACACCUAUCUCGGCGCUACAUGGAGGAGGCGCGGCUUUAAACAUCUCACCUUCCGGAGCGAGGUGUUCAAUCUGCAAUCUUUGGACGGCCUUCUGCAGCAACCCGUGGACCUCACCUUCCUCGAGAGCCUCGAUGUCAGUGAGAACUCCUUGAAGGAGCUGGAUUGCAUCGCGGGCACCAGCGCGCGCCUGAAGGAGUUCCCCCAGGGCGUCUUGAUCUUCGGAUCGCUGCAGGUGCUGAAGGUGAGAAAGAACCUGCUGACCGGCUUCAUGGCGCGUCUGCCGAUGCUGAGGGAGUUGGACUUGGGCCACAACCGGCUGGAGGACGUGCCGCAGGGUCUGGGCCUGCUCCCAAAGUUGGAGGUCCUUCUUCUGGACCACAACCAAAUCGGUGGCACGCUCGCUGCGGUGCGAAAGGCUCAGGCGCUCAAGAAGCUGGACCUCUCCUCCAACCAGUUCGACUUCCGCGCCACACAGCUCUACGAGCAGCUUGAGAACUUGGAGGGGAUGGUUUCGCUGGCCCUGAAACUGAAGGACAAUCCCUUCUGCACGGCCGUCCCCCCGUACCAGAUCCUUUGCCUCCAGAAACUUCCGCAGCUUCGCAAGUUGGACGACAUUUCGAACAUGGCGCAAGCGCGGGAGGCUGCGGGGAGGAGCGAGCUGAACCUCCGAGCCUUGGAUGAGCUGGCCUACAAGAACCAGGAGCUGAAGGUGGAUCAUACCACGCAGGCGGCCAAGGGGCCCUUGGCAGUCUUUCGGCCGGCCAACAAGAAGACGGUCUUCGCGGAGCUGGCCGACUUCUUCGCGCGCGCCUUGAACGACCCCUCUCCGCAGAUCGCCGUUGCGGGGCUCACGAGGCUGACGCACACCAUUUCGCAGUGCAUCCCCGCAGACAUGGCGAACUUGAGGGAGGAGUUGCGGAAGGGCCCACCCGCGAAGAAGCGGAUCGAUGCGAUGAUCCGAGACAUCAAUCUUCUAAUGGCCAAAGUGAAGGGUCCGAACCAGAAGAUCCUCAUCUUGCGCGCGGUGGCGAAGCUGUCCGUCAUCGAUGAGUUUGAAAUUGGGGACAACUGCAUGGACGCCUUGAGGGGCUUCGCGCAGAAGCACCCAGAGUUGGAAGAGAAGAUCCUGGGCAUGCUUCAGGAGAUGAUCAUCGGCCCGCUGCAGGAGACCUACAUGGUUGUGGCGGAUCCCAGAGAUCAGCGGGUCUUUUCGUUCCUACGCAUCCUGUCGCACUUCGACUCGCCCAAGUUUGGAGCUGCCUUGCGGAACAUUGCCAAUGAGCUGUCGGACAUGUGCUGCAAAUUGGUGAAAGAGGUGGGCGGGCACUAUACCGAGAUCGGCAUCUUAAUGCAGAAAUGGUCCUCGUGCGCGGAGAAUCUACAGGUAGAGCCGGUCAUAGGCUUUGGCGAGUUGCUGGCCACCAUCUUGGCUUGUUUGGACCUCGAGAUGAACGCUCCGGAUCCCAGUGAAGAUGCCAAAGAGUCCUCGGCCAUGUUGGGCAUUGCGCUGAACAUGUUGCGAAGCAACAACCCCACCGCGGUCAAGGUGUUCUUGGUGACCUCGGCGACCAAGCCGGCCUUCUACACCCGCAUCAUGAAGAUGAUCAUGCAAGUCUUCGGGCACAGCAAGAAGGCGGAUACGCUUCCCACGGUGUCCGCGCUGAAGAACGGCGCCAACUCCAAGAUCUUGGCCGGGCUGUUUGACGUCAUGGGCGCCCUGAUUGCCUUGCCGGGCGUUGACGACCUUGUAGAGGAG